AUGGAGCCAAAGUGCGAUGCAAACCUUAGCAGCUGGGAGUUCAAAGCUUGCCAGUUGUUGUCCCGACAGGCCUUCGGCUACUGGAAAGUCGAAAUCUUGGUUAACGCGCUGUCUGCCAUGAAGGCUCCUGUCGAUCUUGUGUGUGUUCGAUGCCCUUCGGAUGUUCGGCACAGAGCCGGCUACUCUCCAAGGCACAACCGCAUUUGGAUGUGUGCAAAUCGGUUUUGGAACCCCUUCGAGUUCAGAAGAGUUCUGGUUCACGAAUUGACGCACGCCUUUGACUUUGCCCGUGCCAAGGUAGACCCGGGCAGCUGCACCCACAUGGCUUGCACGGAAAUCCGUGCCUGGAAUCUAAGUGGUGAGUGCGACCUGUGGCCAAACUCCUUCAAGUACCUGGGUGAGGACAUGAUCAACCGGAAGCAGCGAUGUGUGCGCGACGGCGCCCUUGCUUCGCUGCUGGAAAACGAGCGCUGCCAGGACAGAGCGCUGGCAGGGGCAGCUCUCCAGGAGGCUUGGGAUCAGUGCUGGAAAGAUUACUGGCCCUUCACCACACAGCCCGAACCCGUUUCCAUGCCCCCGACCCUUGUCAUGGAGAAGCAGUAUUGGUCUUUCUUGUCCACCUACUCCAUGAACGAGUUCAGGUUUGCAAUGAACAAAGGCGCCUGUAAGGUGGAGACAGGAGUUCCUAGUUGCGUGGGUUUACCCCUCACAGCCGUGGAAUGCGCGGCUGCAUGUGAGAAGAGUGGAACUUGCAUUGGCUUUGAUCGCCCAAACGUCUACGGCAAAGGCGGAUGCUGUUUGUAUCAUAGCGGUGGCAGCAUCACUUCCGACGGAGAACAGGGCAAGGCCUGCUUCAUCCUGGAGACUCCGGCAGAAGUCCGUGCGAAAGGAAGCCACCAGUUUGGUGAAGUUUGGAGGGAGCCCUCCCUUUACAGCACGAUGCACCUGUCCAUUGAUGGUGAGGAUGGAUCCGCCAAGGCGAUCAUGGACCUGUGCAUGCCGUGGUCUCAUUGUAGUUUCCGAAUCUAUACCUGCAAAGGCCAACCGCUCUACGCGUUACAUGCGAGGAUGAUGCAGAGUAUUGACAAUCCACUGCUCAGUGUAUGGGCCUACGAGGUGCGAAAUAGUAGCGGGCACUACCUUGGCCGAACUUCUGAGUUACAAAGUGGAUACCAUCCAAUUGAGAUCUAUGACGCGAGGGACCGAAAUGUAGUAACAUUGGCCACGGUUUGGUCGACUUGGUCGGCACUCUACUCCGGUACAUGGUACAUCAACAAUCAGUUCCCUGAAGAACCCAUCGAGAGGAACCUGAUGGCUGAUGCGCGCUUGGUCACGUUCCUCGCUGCGCACCAAUUCGCUGCGCAAGGAUGGUUCGGUCCGUUUUGGUCCAUUGUUCUUUGGGUUCUCUUGCUCGUCGCCCUCUACUUCGGCAUCCAAUGGUGCAGGAAAGAGUGCAAGUCGGAUAGCUCCAAUGUGUCCAUCCUGCUUGCAGAGGCCAAGGAGAGGCUGGGUUGUGGAAAGGAAGAGUCCUCUGAGGAGGAGGAGGCUGGCUGUCUUGGCAGUCCCUCUCCUCGAACGCUUCCGGUGGCAGAUGUGGAUUAUCGGAAGCCUCGGUCAACCUGCUAG